AUGGCAGCAGAGACCCUCAACUUUGGGCCAGAGUGGCUGAGGGCCCUUUCCAGCGGGGGCAGUGUGGCCUCACCACCCCCAUCCCCUGCCAUACCCAAAUAUAAGCUUGCCGACUAUCGGUACGGGCGAGAGGAGAUGUUGGCCCUGUAUGUCAAGGAGAACAAGGUUCCCGAUGAACUGCAGGACAAGGAGUUUGCCGCGGUCUUACAGGAGGACCCGCUGCAGCCCCUGGCGUUGGAGCCUCUGACAGAGGAGGAGCAGAGAAACUUCUCCCUGUCAGUGAACAGUGUGGCUGUGCUAAGACUGAUGGGGAAAGGGGCUGGUCCCCCCCCAGGUGGCACCUCCCGUGGCAGGGGCAGCACCAGAAGCCGAGGCCGUGGCCGCGGUGACAGCUGUUUUUACCAAAGAAGCAUUGAAGAAGGCGAUGGGGCCUUUGGACGGAACCCCCGGGAGAUCCAGCGUAGCCAGAGCUGGGAUGACAGAGGCGAGCGGCGAUUUGAGAAGUCAGCAAGGAGGGACGGAGCACGAUCCGGGUUUGAGGAGGGCGGGGCCGGCCCUCGGAAGGAACACGCUCGCUCUGAUAGCGAGAACUGGCGUUCACUUCGUGAGGAUCAGGAGGAAGAGGAGGAAGGCAGUUGGAGACUGGGAGUGGGCCCCCGACGUGAUGGGGAUCGCUGGCGUUCAGCCAGCCCUGAUGGCGGCCCCCGCUCUGCUGGCUGGCGGGAACACGGCGAGCGGCGGCGCAAGUUUGAAUUUGACUUGCGAGGGGACCGAGGAGGGUGUGGUGAAGAGGAAGGGCGGGGUGGGGGAGGCAGCUCUCACCUCCGGAGGUGCCGAGGGCCCGACGGCUUUGAGGACGACAAGGACGGGCUCCCGGAGUGGUGCCUGGAUGACGAGGACGAAGAAAUGGGCACUUUCGAUGCCUCUGGGGCCUUCUUGCCUCUCAAGAAGGGCCCCAAGGAGCCCAUCCCUGAGGAGCAGGAGCUGGACUUCCAGGGUCUGGAGGAGGAGGAGGACGAGCCUUCAGAAGGGCUGGAUGAGGAGGGGACCGAGGCAGGUGGGAAGGAACUGACCCCGCUGCCUCUUCAGGAGAAGUCAUCCAGCUCCCCAUCCCCACUGCCCACCUUGGGCCCGCUCUGGGGAACUAACGGGGAAGGAGACGAAGCCGCGGAGAAGGAGCUGCCAGCAGCUGAAGACGAUAUGAGGGGAAUCCCGCUAAGUCAUGGGGUGGGCUCACCCCCUGGCCCCCCUGGAGACCUGGAGGAUGAUGAAGGCUUGAAACAUUUGCAGCAGGAGGCGGAGAAGCUGGUUGCCUCCCUGCAGGACAGCUCCCUGGAGGAGGAGCGCUUCACAGCUGCCAUGCAGACCCAGGGCCUGCGCCACUGUGCGGCCGCCACCGCGCUCCCGCUCAGCCACGGUGCUGCCCGCAAGUGGUUUUACAAGGACCCGCAGGGGGAGAUCCAAGGCCCCUUCACGACACAGGAGAUGGCCGAGUGGUUCCAGGCUGGCUAUUUCUCGAUGUCACUGCUCGUGAAGCGGGGCUGUGACGAGGGUUUCCAGCCCCUGGGCGAGGUGAUCAAGAUGUGGGGCCGUGUGCCCUUUGCCCCAGGGCCAUCACCACCCCCACUGCUGGGGAACAUGGAUCAGGAGCGGCUGAAGCAGCAGCAGGAGCUGGCGGCAGCGGCCCUCUACCAGCAGCUGCAGCGCCAGCAGUUUCUGCAGCUGGUCAGCAGCCGCCAGCUGCCCCCCUGCGCGCUCCGGGAAAAGGCAGCUGUGGGAGACGCGCCGCCGCCGCAGCUGACAGUGUUCCUGCAGCAGCUCCAGGCUCUCAAAGCCCCCAGAGGCGGGGACCAGAACCUGCUCCCGACGAUGAGCCGUUCCUUGUCGGUGCCGGAUUCGAGCCCCCUCUGGGACGUACAUACCUCAGCCUCAUCACAGUCAGGUGGUGAGGCCAGUCUUUGGGACAUACCAAUUAACUCUUCGACUCAGGGUCCAAUUUUAGAACAACUCCAGCUGCAACAUAAACUCCAGGAGCGCAGAGAAGUGGAGCUCAGGGUGAAGCGGGAGGAGGAGGAGCGGAAGCGGCGGGAGGAGGAGGAGCGGAAGCGGCGGGAGGAGAAGCGGCGGCAGCAGCAGCAGCAGCAGCAGCAGGAGGAGCGGAAGCGGCGGCAGGAGGAGGAGGAGUUGUUCCGGCGCAAGCAGGUGCGGCAGCAGGAGUUGCUGGUGAAGCUGUUGCAGCAGCAGGCGGUGGCCGCCGGCGCCGUGCCCCCUGCGCCCAGCUCCCCGCCGCCGCUCUGGGCCGGCCUGGCCAAGCAAGGACUGUCCAUGAAGACGCUGCUAGAGCUGCAGCUGGAGGGCGAGCGACAGCUGCAUAAGCAGGCCCCGCCCCGGGAGGCGCCGCGGGCCCAGGCCCCCAACCACCGCGUGCAGCUUGGGGGCCUGGGCACUGCCCCCCUGUCCCAGUGGGUAGCUGAGACUGGGCCGCUGUGGGGCGGGCCCGACAAGAGUGGGGGCGGCAGCAGCGGCCUGGGGCUCUGGGAGGACACCCUCAAGAGCGGUGGCAGCCUGGCCCGCAGCCUAGGCCUGAAGAACAGCCGCAGCAGCCCAUCUCUCAGCGACUCGUACAGCCACCUGUCGGGUCGGCCCGUGAGGAAGAAGACGGAGGAGGAGGAGAAGCUGCUGCAGCUGCUGCAGGGAAUCCCCAGGCCCCAGGACGGCUUCACCCAGUGGUGCGAGCAGAUGCUGCACACGCUGAGCGCCACGGGCAGCCUGGACGUGCCCAUGGCUGUAGCGAUCCUCAAGGAGGUAGAAUCCCCCUACGAUGUCCACGAUUACAUCCGUUCCUGCCUGGGGGACACGCUGGAAGCCAAAGAAUUUGCCAAACAAUUCCUGGAACGGAGGGCCAAGCAGAAAGCCAGCCAGCAGCGGCAGCAGCAGCAGCAGGCUUGGCUGAGUAGUGCCUCCCUGCAGACAGCCUUUCAGACCAACCACAGCACCAAACUCGGCCCAGGGGAGGGCAGCAAGGCCAAGAGGCGGGCACUGAUGCUGCACUCGGACCCUAGCAUCUUGGGGUACUCUCUGCACGGAUCUUCCGGUGAGAUCGAGAGCGUGGAUGACUACUGA